UCUAGGUCUAAAUUGUUUGGAUUUUGUUGACAUGAACUUACUGCUCAUUUGAAUUGUGCUACACUAGGCCUAGUUAGAGAGAUUGAAAGAUGAGCUCCAAAAAAGUUGUAAAACCGGCCAACCCUUCAGGGUUGUCAAAAGGAGGUAUUAGUUUAUCUGGCUUCAGUUUCAAACAGCUGGAGAAGGAAGAAGAAGAAGAUUUAACAGAAUUUACUGGGAAAUAUGAAAAAGUUGUUGAAGAAUCUCAAAAAAAUUUGAAAAAAAAUCAUGAACGCUCUCCAUCUACUUCUUCCAUUUCAUCUACUUCUUCUGGACAAGGAGAUUCAAAAGGACUGGACAAAAACAGUUCAGAAGUGUCAAGUGAUUCACCUAAAAUUUUACAAAAACCACCCAGCAUUCUUUCCCUUGACACUUCUAACUCUCCGCUAAAGAAUGCUGCAAGGGCAAAGCUUGAAUCUUCGAAAGAAAUAUUUUCAGGGCUAAAGGGUAAAUUAACGGAGAAAAUAUCUCGUACGAUUGAAGAGUUUUCUGGUGACUCUAAUAGCCCAAGUCCAGAUAAAGAAAAAACAAAAGCAUUCCACUUGCAAAAAAGCAACAGUUUUGGGCCCAUUGAAAAAGUAACUAAUACUCAGGUACAUUCAGCAUCUCAUGAAACAAUGACAGUACCAAAUUCAUCCAUUAAAAAUCCUGAAGAAUCAAACACACACUUGGAAAGUAAUAUCACCACGUCUAUUAUAGAACAAAAAAAUUCUAAUGACAAAGAAUCUCUGGCUUCCCAGUCAGAUUUAGAUAAGACUUCAGAGGUAAGCUUAACAUUCCCAGAAAUUGUUGAAGAUCACCCUUUAGCCUUGAAGGAACCCGAGGACAACUUUGAAGAUGCCAUUGAAGCUACGACGAACAACAGCUCCAAAUUAAAAGCAGCUGUUAGUAAUGAAUCACUAGAAUUCCAUGAUCCAAGAAAUGAGGAUUCCCUUGAGUUUAAAGAACAUUUCACUAGUGAACCUUUUGAAGACUUCACAGGACUUCACACUUCAACAGAGUUUAGGCCUCAGUCUAGAAUACGACAACUGAUUAAAAAAAAAGAAAAAAAAACAUCGGUCAUCGCUACAAUGUCCGGUUUGCACUCGACACCGGACGAGGAACUGGCAAAGAUGUGGGAACCAAACAAAAGUGAAAAACCUGAGAAGACUGAAAUUAAAGGAAGUAAACCAAAUGAAACAAUAAAGCCAGCAGUCGCUGAAUCUUCGUCCAAAACUAUUCUACGACAGUUGAGCCUUGAAGCUGCCUUGCCAUAUCAAAAGCUGGUAUCUGUGAUAGCCGCACUGUUUGCUUACAUGAUUAUUCCUUUGCCGCCUUAUAUAUCAGGACUAUUUAUGGGAGCACUCGUCACAGCCUUAGGCGGCUGUUUGUACAUUUGGCUGAUGAAGCCGCCCCCUGUUCCAGAGCCAGUUAUUCUCCCUCCUGUUGAUCAAGCACCCAUUCCUGAAAUGAAAUCAGUUUCUGAAGGGGAUGAAUUUUCAUAUAAGGGCUGGAUGAAUGAACUGACAGACUACAACUUAAAUGACUACCACAUCAACCGAACGCAUUCUGUUUUUAUCAGCCUGGAAGGCACGCGCCUGAGAAUGCAGCGUCCAAAGAACCCAGUCCCUAAGCGUGCCAUGUGGGACGAGCAACCUAUCAAACCUAAUUUCAUCCACCAACGUCACUUUGAUCUCAAUGGUGCUAGUGUCUAUUUACUUCCGGAAGGUCUCGUUAAAAAAAGAAUUUGGAGUAAAAAAUACCCAAUUUGUAUCACCCUGCCUAAUAGUAAGAAGCCGGAUAGUGAAGAUGUUAAACUCAAGCACACUUCAUCUGAGCCUUUGAUGACUCAUAAAAAAGAGGAUCUCUCUGACAUGGGCUUUGAGAUCAUCACAGAGGACAAGUGUGAUCACAAUGUGUUGUAUCUGUUCGCCAGGACUGGGAGGGAGAAGGAGGAGUGGUUCAAGAGAUUCUUUGCUGCUGCUUCCGCCAGGCCUUUAGGUAAUCAUAUUCUAGAGAUGAAACGAGCCGUAUCCAAUUGUUCAGGUACACAAAAAAAACCAGUAGAGGCUCGACAUAAGCGAGAAGGUUCAGUAGAUUCAACAUCGUCUGAUACUGAUUCUCCAAAAAAAGAGGCUGUAGAUAUUCUGACAUUUGCUCACUACAUGGGGAGGCUGAUGCCAGCUGGGUCUGAUGCUUCAAGCCCCGUACAUUCAGCAGGAGAGAAAAACAAGGAUGACAGUGGCAAUACCUUGGGUUCAAGGGUCAGCACAUCAGGCCCUAUCAUUUGUGAUAGCCAGCUGUUCUGGGUCAACGCCUUGAUUGGACGAUGUUUUUUUGACUUCUUGCGUGAUAAAUGGUGGAUAGACAAAGUGACUGAAAAGCUCCAGCGUAAACUUAGUAAAAUACAUGUGCCAUACUUUAUAGAAGAGCUGCAGGUCACUGACAUCCACAUGGGCUAUGAGGUUCCAGCCAUUCGUCAUGCAGGCAAGCCCUAUUUAGAUGAGCGAGGGUUCUGGAUUGACAUGGACAUUACCUACUCUGGCAGCUUUAAGAUGACCAUUGAGACCAAGAUCAAUUUGAUGAAGUUGAAGAAGUCACCUCACGUGUCAGCAGGGAAGGGUCAUUCUGUUGACCAUGCUAAAUCUCCUAUUACUGAUUCUGAGGAGGAAGACAGUGCUGAAUCCUCUACUGAUGAGGAAGAGGAAGCGCCACCAAGUAAUGAAGAGAGUCCCUCUGGCGGGGGAACCAGCAAGAAACUUUUGCGCUACCUCAACAAAAUCACUCAAUCCAAGUAUUUUCAUAAAGCCACAGAGUACGGAGUCAUCAAACGUGCCAUGGAAAAUGUCUCAAACACACCUCUCACAUUGACUGUCACAGUGAACAGUCUCAUAGGGACACUAGCACUCAACAUUCCCCCACCACCAUCUGAUAGAUUAUGGUAUGGUUUCCGUAGGAACCCCCAUCUCCGCCUCUCAGCCAAGCCACAGGUUGGUGAGCGCGCAGUCACCAUAACACACAUUACAGAGUGGAUUGAGAACAAAUUGGCCAUUGAGUUUCAGCGUGUGUUUGUGAUGCCCAACAUGGAUGAUCUUGUCAUUCCAAUUUUGAUUCCUGGACCUCAAGGUGCAACAUGCAUCUCAAGAUCAGUCUCUUUGUGAUACCCUGAGGAGCACCCGGUCCCCUUGCAGUUAACUGCCCACGCAGUACAGCUUUUGGCUGUCAGUAUUUUCAUCCAUCUUUGUUUUACCUAGUCAGAACUUUUUGUUUUAUUAAAGAGUGAGUAGUCCCCUUUUUUUAAACUGUGAAACUACUAUAGCAGCUACAGUAGAAUCACACAGAUGUUAUACAUUUUUUUAAAAUGUAAAGGUCUUUUUAUUACUUUUGAGUUGGCAAUAUCAGUGCUGUAAGGUGCAAAUUUGCUCACCCAAAGGUAAUGUUCAGAAAUUGAUUACGAACUGAUCUUUAAUUUAAAUGUGUUGUGUCCACCUUGCAUUUAUCAUUAUCUGAUGAAUGCCAGAUAAAUAAAGGAUGCUACUGCUAGACAUUAUACAGGCCAUACUAUGCCUUCAUAUGCUGUGACAAUAAAAAUAAAAAGAUAAACUACUUCAUUUUUUAUUAACUACAUACAAUAGGGUAUUUUACUUUACUUUUUAUUGCCUAACUAUAGCUAUCAGUAAGUUGUGUUGCUCAUUCUUAGACGUUUUACAUUGUAUGACUUUGAAUUUCUUGCAUGUAGUGCCUCAACACAAAACGUGUACCUUAAACACAGUGCUUUAAUUUAUUUUAAUCGUUAAAACAUUACCUGAGUCAUUUGAAGCAAUGCAAAUGAGAACUAGCUAAAAGUUAAUGCAAGCAUAAUUUAAAGCAGUGCACACGGUUUUGUGUGAGAGAUGCCACAUAAUAUGAAUUUAAAAUUUUAUUUAAAGACAAGCCUGUGAUUCAUGACAAUUUAUUUUUAUUUAUGCCUUCAAUAUUUUGUUAAUUUUUGUUGCAAUAUUUUUUAAAUUGGCUUAUAAUUUUGUUUUAAUGCAUUUUUUCACAUUCGUGGAAGAAAAAAAAAUAUCAAGCAACUUACAUUAACAUGGUUGUGAAUAUUAUGAUGUGAUUAUUUUACAUGCUGUACUCUAUCAAUUUGUUGAGCCAUGUGUACUCACUGUACAAGGGCUCAUGGUUACAUUGCUUCUGGUAAAAACUAAAAGAUAAGGAGCUUGAAUAAAAGUGAGUUAAAUAUAAAAACUAUGGACUUCUAUUUACCGCUUUAGCCAUAGAAACCCCAGCUAAAAAAAAAUUUUUACGCAAGAAAUUAUUUGAAAAAAAAAAAAAAACAUUGUUUAUAAAAAAUUCCUGAUUUAUAAACCUCUUAUGCUAUGUUGUAUAACAGAAAUACAACUGUAAGUUGAUUGUUGAUGCUAGUCCUGUGAUGGUGUUGUUACACAUAUCAGCAAAGAACCUUGAAUGAUACAACCCUCCUUCCCCCCGCCCCUCCUCCCUGUGAGUUCAGUAGUCAUGUUGCUGACCAUUAAUCAUGGAAAUUAAUUUAUAUAAUGAGAUGAAACUGGCUAAAUACAAUAAAAAGAUUGAGUAUAUCAAUUAAAUUAUUGUUCAUGUUGAAUUUUAUCCAUACUAUGUGAAAACCAGUAAUAAAAUAGUGAUCUCUUUCACUAAUUGAUGUUGCUAUGUAAGUGUGUCAUCUGUUUUUUAGUGCAUAUGCUAGUAACUAGCUUGGUAUUACAAAGUUGGUGUGCUCUUAUGUUAGCUUGAUGUAUUACUUUCAGAAGAAUUUGUGUGAUGAAUGCUCUCAUGAUGAAUUGUCAGUAAACUUUAUACAUUGCUCUUUACCAAGAGACUGCCAUGUGUGUAGAUGCAGUAAUGAAAAUAAAUGUUAUCAGCCAUU